AUGUCUGUUAAUAAAUCUUUUGAGUUAGAUAAUUCGCUGCGCUACAGUCUCCAUGGGUUUUCAUUGGCCAACCCAUCUGUAACUCUAAUUGAAAGGGAGAAGAUCCUAUACAGGAAAUUAACAAAGGAGUCUGUGGCACUAGUUUCGGGUGGGGGGUGCGGACAUGAGCCUGCGCACAGCGGGUAUGUUGGGGAGGGCAUGUUAGCCGCGGCUGUCGCAGGAGACAUUUUUGCGUCGCCGUCGACGGCUCAGAUUUUGACUGCAAUAAGGAUUGCUACAAAGCAAGCAGCUGGAGCAUUGCUGAUCGUGAAGAACUAUACUGGCGACGUUCUUCACUUUGGCCUGGCAGCUGAGCGUGCUCGGUCUAUGGGCAUUGAUUGCCGCGUGGUUAUUGUUGGUGAUGACGUAGCUGUUGGUCGUACCAAGGGUGCAGGAGUUGGACGUCGGGGGCUGGCGGGGACUGUGCUCGUGCACAAAAUCGCAGGGGAGUUUGCCAGAAGCUAUUCUGCGGACUAUGGGCUAGACGAAGUCGCUAAUGUCGCGGAGAUAGUCAAUGACAAUUUAGUUACGAUCGGCGCGUCUCUAUCCCACUGCAAGGUGCCCGGCAGAGACUUCGAGUCCAGUUUGACGGAUUCUCAGAUGGAACUUGGCAUGGGCAUCCACAACGAGCCCGGCGUUCAAGUACUCGAGCCAAUUCCGUCCACAGAUGAGCUAAUAGAAGAACACAUGUUGCCGAAGUUGUUGAGUAAGGAUGACAAUGAGAGAUACUAUGUCGACUUUUCACCCGAUGACGAGGUCAUUCUGUUGGUCAAUAAUUUGGGCGGGAUCUCUAACUACAUGAUGGCAGCCCUUACCGCCAAGGUGUCCGAAUCCUUAGCCAAAUAUGGCAUACGUCCCGUUCGUACCGUGUACGGCUCCGUAAUGACCGCGUUCAAUGGGAACGGCUUUAGCAUUACCUUGUUGAAUGUGACUCGCAGUGAGGCAAGGUUGCAGGACUUGUUGCAGUCUCCAAUCUCAUUACUCGAGCUGUUUGAUGCACCCACCUCUGCUCCUGCUUGGCCGCGGAUAGAUACCGGCAACGACGCCCACGCUUCCGGGGAAACUGACCUGGUGCUCAACACUCCAUCUGCUGCACCUUUUGGGCGCUUUGACUACGAUUUUUUUGCCGCACUAGUUAGAGCAGGCAGCAAGCAGGUUCGCGAAAGCGAGCCGCACAUUACCCAUUUAGACAACAUUGUCGGUGACGGGGAUUGUGGAACUACACUUGCCGCCGGCGCUCAGGCUAUAGAGGAUGCCCUGGAGCAACUACGCGGUCUUUCGUUUUCUGAGGCGAUAGGCCAAGCUUCCCAGAUCAUAGAGGCCUCAAUGGGUGGCACCUCGGGUGCCCUAUAUUCUAUUUUGCUUUCCGGGAUUUGCCACGAGAUUACAGAACUUUGUAGCAGCCCUGAUGAUGAAGUAACGCUGGAGCUUCUUGGGACCGCUUUGCAACGUGCUCUGCAUGCCUUGUACAAGUAUUCAGGUGCCCGUCCCGGCGAUUGCACUAUGAUCGAUGCACUAGAACCUUUCAUUAGCAGCUUGUACCAAGAAAGGGACUUUGCCAAGGCCGUUGAAGCAGCGGAAGAGGGUGCCCGGGCUACGGCCAAGAUGGCUGCUAAGUUUGGCCGAGCAUCCUACGUCUCUGACACUACUGACGUUCCUGAUCCUGGGGCAGUAGGGUUUGUCGCAUUUUUACGUGGUAUGCGCGCCGCUUUCGAGAAAUGGAACUGA